UAACUUUUAUUAAUUGAUAAAGGUUAGGACGCCCGUCCUGUUUACGCACAAAAAAAAAAAUAACAGGCUAGUUAUAGUCUUGUUAUAAUAAAUAUAAUUAAUAGAGUUUAUCUUGUAAGUUUUGUAAUAAGUAUUAUCAAAUAAAGUUUAUUAUUGUGACCGCCAAACUUAACUAUUUUUCUUGCUCAUUCUGAGCUUGCUCCUGUAACCGGCUUUUAGCCUCCAUUUAAUAAACAAUAAACUUUAGACUAUAAUAGAUUAAUAAUUAAAGCUGGUUGUGUAUUCCAAUCUAAGACUCUUAGCAAUGAUUAUUAAUAUGUUCAUUUACUUUUAAUCAGUGUUGAGUCUAGAAAAUAAAAAAAUAAUAAAAAUGCUAAAAAAGAAAUCAAAGAUCAAAGUUGGCGUGGGUGCUUAAGAAGUGAAAAAAAUUUGAAAUUGUACAGUCUAACUUGGAAAAAUAUUGCUUGUGUGAUCGAGCUUUAAAUUUAUAAGUCGAUACACACUCUCUAUUCAAUACUCACUAAGCUAAGUAUAACCUAGUUAGGGUUGUAGUAAAGUGGUUCGGUCAUAUUCCAAAGGAACCCUAAACUUACUAUUACUUCACUCUCAACAAUUAUCUAAUCGAAUCAAAAGGUUGGGUGUUUAAACUAAUCUAAUCUACUCCUAAAUACAAAAUAAACAACCAACCAAGUGGCCGGGUGAUCGCUAGAGAUGAGACGGUUGCCUAAAGUUGAAUCCUCCUAGAUAUGGUUGUCAUGUAGGGUUAAGAGAAUGUGGUGAGUGAGCUCUUUACCAUGGGCAUUUGUGAUUAUCCACACGCCUCGAUCUAGGCUAUCGUAUCCGGGGUUUUAAGAACAUAGCUCAUAUCAAUGGGUACUACCGACUGUCCACACCGAUGUUUAAUCCUGGGUUCUAUCUAGGAAGACAUUCUUACAGAAGGGGUACAGUCGCAUCGUCCACCACAAGAUCCUAUUCAAUCAUCUAACCCUAAUUUGCAAGAUGACACAUACUCGUCUAACCUUAAAACUCCAUACCCAGCGUAGAAGCUCAAGUAAGUUAGAAGAGAAUAUUAGGGCGACUUACCCAAGCACAAUUUAAUCUAGAGAAGCAAUGAAAUCAGCUAGAUAAACAUAUUCAUUCAAAACCAAACUCGAUCUUCUUUUCCUUGCUUGCACCUUUCUUCUUGCUCCUUGAGUGGACUGGAUAUUCAACUAAACUCUCCUUUAAAAACAACCCAAAACCCUUCUUUUCCUUGCUUACACCUUUCCUCUAUAAAAACAACCCAAAACCCUAAAUUUCUCACUCUAGGGCAGCUCUCCUUUAAAAAGUGCAGCAAGAUGGGUAUUUAUAGAAAGCUGAGGGUGGUCAAGGCGUGACACGAUGGUCAAGGUCGUGACCACCUGGAACAUCUCUGAAUCGCUCAAAGCAACGCGUUUUGAUUUCAUCUUUAAGGUCCAAGAUCGCGGUCGUGAUCUGUGUGUCCCUGACGCUAUCUUUAUUGCGGUCAAAGUGCACCAUGUCCGUAAUUCGAUUGGGGAAACUUUCUGCCUUCUUCUUGGGUGCCUGCUGAAGUCUGCGGUUACUGUUCUCGAUCAAGAUCCUUAGCCCGCGAACCAGUGCCUCUCCUCCCCUUCUUGCUCCUAUGCUUCCCAAUCGUGCUCAGAUGACCUCCAAUCGAUUCCCGAUCAAUCCCGAAUUCAUAUAAGACCUUGAAUUUCAUCACUAACACUUGGAAAAACAUAAAAUACGACAAAUUGGGGUCAAUUCCCCUACGUAAACCUUCAUAUCAAGAAUACCUAUGCUAAGAUGGAUGUUUUGCAAAUUUUGGUACCUUUGAUUUAUGGAAAGAAAAAUAAGUGGCAAUUUUGGAUUUUUUAUGUAUGGAAAAAGAAAUAAGGGCGGAAACUGUGUUGUUUUCAAAUUUUUGGGAAGAGAAAGAAAGGAGAAAUUUAGUGUUUUUCAUUUUUUUUGAAAAGAAAGAAGAGGGAAAUGUGAAUGAUUUUAGUUUAUGGGUUGAUAAAGAUGGGGAAAAGUUGGUGUUUUUAAUAUUUUUAGAAAUGAAAGUAGAUAAAAUGUUUAUGCUUGCAACUUUUUUAUGUUUCAUAAUUUUAGUUUUUCAAAUAUAAAUCUUGAAAUAUUUACGUGGAGAGCAUGACUAAUUGAGUAUAUUAUACCUUUACCUGAAAUAGCUAAUUAACUAUAUUAGAUUUGAGAAUCUAUCGUUGGUGAUCUCAUCUUCACUCUAAUAUUACUCAAACUACCUCAAAUGAAGGUUAUUUUAUAUUAUAGAUAAUAUACUUAAUUACUUAUCAAUUUGAUUAUCACAAUGUGCUACAUGUGAUUGUAUAAGAGUUUAGCAUUUAGUGCCUAAGAAAUUGUAUAUGCAUUGAGAUAGAUGUUCAAAACUAAGUUAGAGUUUCAUCUUACAAAGGAUCAAUUAUGUAUUGAAGACUUGGAGUUCUAGUCGAUUUAGGGUUGUUAUUACAAAUUAUGUGAAUAUAAAUGUUUUCAAAGCCAAACAAAGCCGGUCAAUCGAACCGAUAAAACCAAGACCCAACCACCAACACAGCCCGGAACAUAAAAAAUAAACAAUUGCUUUUAGCCGACCAACCGUGCCCAGCUAAACAAUUGGCCUCCAAAAGUCCUAGGCCUAGGCCCAUAUUGUUUGGUUCCGGCUUGCACAACAUGAAGCCUAAACACUUGGACCCAGGGUUGUCAAGCCGGCCGGCGUGCCACCGGUUGAACCUGGUUCAACCGAUAUCAGUCGUAAAAUUGGCGUGACACCACCGGUAUGACCGGCAUGAUUGAUAUACGAAUCUCUAAGUAAAAUGACCUUAUUUUAGUGAGUUUAAUUGAUAAAAAUAAUUUUAUUAUUUAUUUUAUGAGUAUAAAAGUUAAAUAUUGAUGUUAUUUGUUGGAUUCAAGUAUAAAUGUCUAAGUAUUGACGUUAAAUGUCAUGUUUAAAUAUGAGUAUUUAUAAUUUUAUUUGUAAUAUUGACCGGCAUGAACCGAUACAAACCGGUAUGUGCCACCGAUCGAACUAUUCCACUUGCUAAACCGACACACUGGUAUAAACCGGUUUGACAAUUGCUUGGUCCUCAAAAGAACACAUUUUGAGGCCACAAUUACCAUGAGAACUGCCACCACAGUUUUAAAAUAAGUGGCGUAGUGAAAUUUUCUUACACCAACAGAUGAUGUACUUCAACCAAUUUCUAUCACUUUUAAUUUCACUCUCUUCCCCUCCCCUCCAGUUGAAAGCAAGACUAUACCUGCAUGCAAACCAACGCUAACAAUUUAUCAAUCAAUCGAUGUAAAAUAAAGUAAGAAAUUAAGAUGGGGAGAUUGGAUUCGUACAUGCAUGGAAGGAUGAUGAUCAAGAGCAUGACGACAAACUUAGCAACAAUUCUGCAGAUAAUCACCAUGGCUAUCUUUCUUGGGGUAGAAAUUGAUGAUUGACCACUGCUGCUGCUGAAUAAUAUUUAUAUAUAGUAUGAAGAGUUCUAGAGGCCUGAAUAUACCAUUCAUAUACAA